AUGGAUUGCGCCUUUAGGCUUUGCUUCAUAUUGCUACUCUCGAUCUCUGUAUCGUCGAGUGUCAUCACGAGCACUGUACCGAGUGAAUCCAUACUCCAAAUCUUACCGGGAAACCGGAAGUUCGGCGGAGAUAAUGGAGUGUCGUGCGAGAGCUGGAAAUUCACAGUGGAGUCAAAUGACGUAGGGACCUGGCAGACAGUCCCUAACAGAUGUCAGGGAUUCGUGAAGGAUUAUAUGACUGGAGAUCGAUACCUUUCGGAUUCCCAAGCCGUGGCGGACGCAGCCUGGUCUUUCGCCGGAAAUGUGGAGAUCGCCGCCGACGGCAAGGAUGCCUGGGUUUUCGACAUCGACGAAACGUUGCUCUCAAAUUUGCCCUAUUAUGCUAAUUACGGAUUCGGAGCACAAGGUUACGAUGAUGCUUCUUUUAAUGCAUGGGUAGAAACCGAGGAAGCACCAGCUUUACCCGAAAGUUUGAAGAUUUAUAACAGCCUCCAAAAGUUGGGAUUUACAUUGUUCCUCUUAACUGGAAGGACUGAGAGUCAAAGGAAUGCCACUGAGAAAAAUCUGCUAAAUGCUGGAUACCGCAACUGGGAGAAGCUCUUCCUAAGGGGGGCUUCUGAUCAAGGUACACUUGCAAUUGUUUACAAAUCUGGGAAAAGAACGGAGUUGGAAGCUCAAGGUUACAGAAUCCAUGGAAGCUCAGGUGAUCAGUGGAGUGAUCUGUUGGGCAAAGCCAUGGCUAAACGCAGCUUUAAGAUUCCCAAUCCAAUGUAUUAUAUUGCUUGAUACCAAGACAAUUUCAGCAAAUUUUGAUAAACCUUGGAUUUUCAGUACUCUGAGAGGAGAAAGGAAACCUUCAAAGUAUGUGUAUGAAUGAA